CUCUGCUUAAAGUUAACCCUUUUCGAUGAGUUGAAUGCCAACAAGCCCACAUUCUUUCAUGUCUUUUAGAAACCGGUUUAGAAACCUCUUGAUGAAUCUGUAGAGUGUAGAUCUCCGCAAUAUUAUUAUUGGUAAACCAUGGCAUUGCCCCCGUUGCCACCGGGAUUGAAACCACUGCAUCACCAGGUUGCAGGACAUAAAUAUGGAGAAGGAAAAACCGGUUUAGGUUGUCUUCAGAGUCCCGAUGGGUUGAUGCUGAAACCAGUCCAGCGUGCGCCAAAAGGCCCAAGAGAACAAAGUUUCUAUGAAACUAUGAACAGUGAGAAAAUCCUCUCAGACUCCAGCCUUCUGAAACUCCGGGAAUUUUUGCCAAAUUACUUUGGAACGUACCAAGACCACGACAAUGUCUACAUGAAACUGGAGGACUGUGCGUCCAAGUACAAUAAGCCUUGCAUCAUGGAUGUCAAAAUGGGCGGCAUUUUAUACCAUCCCAAACGGAACGAUUUGUCAGAGGCAGACCUGGAGGCGGCGUAUAAAAAGUUUCCACCUGGUGUUGAAUAUGGGUACUCUAUGUUGGGAAUGAGGACUUAUGAUCCAAACCUGGGUGACUAUGUCGUUUUGGAGAAAAGUUACCUUCGAAAAUUGCAACAUGAGGAGAUAAUUAUUUCUAAAGGCUUAGAAUCCUUCUUCAACAAAUGCGGCCACCGGAGGAAUGCAUUGGUCAAAAGUGCUUUGGAUAAAACACAGGAAAUACAUGAUUGGUUUGAAAGACAAUCUCAAUUGACGUUUUACAGCAGCUCGUUGUUAUAUGUUUAUGAAGGUGACCCGUCACCGAUUGCUAAAGUGCCGAACAGAAAUUCUCAUAAAAACGGUGAUGAGGUAUGUAGUGAGAAAGAAAGCUACGACUGUAGCAGUAUUUGCAAUAAUGGUGAUGAUGCCACGAAAACAGGUGAGAUUUUAAUCAACUCAGGAAAGAAAAAUGGACACUCCGAAAAGCGUAAUAAUUGUGUAAGUAACGGGUUAACUGCUGGUAUGGAUAAAUCCCAGAGUGAUAUUGCUUCCAAUGGUAGUGGUUCUUCCGAUGAAAUUACGAUUAAAAUGAUUGAUUUCACUCACACAUAUUUUGAAAACAAAAAGGAUGAUAAUUAUUUGUUAGGUUUACGGACACUGAUUAAACAUUUCAAAAUGAUGCUGCAAAAAUAAAUGAGUGACCUGUGGAAGUAGUCACUAAAAAAUAUGAGGCAAUUUUAUGGCAAACUGUAAAAUGGCCAAAACACAUCAAGAUUUUUUAGGAUUUGGGUAGCUUUUGCAAAAGUUAUAUAAUCUUGAAUUAUCAUCAUCCUAUUCUAAAUUUGCUAUGGCUGUGAUGACAUUUGUAUAACUGGUACGCCACUAUGACCUGGAGUGAUGACUGUUGUACUCAGGUUGUGACCUGAUGAUCUUGGGCAGUUAGUUGUUAGUUUUUUAGUGCUACUUAUUACCGGUCUUUCAGUUUUAGGUGGCAGUAGUCAUUGAGUUGAUUAUGUUUCAGUUGGCAGGGGCAUAUCUAUCUUUCUGGUCAUCAUGGUAUGGGGGGUUGGUAAGAGGGGGGCAAAGCUUCAGGAGCAACACUCCUUGUAUUUGGAUCUUUGAGACACUUUUCACAGAUUGUAUCCUCUUGGAAUAAUUUCCAGCAUGCCAUUGCCUGGUAAAUACCGUACAGAAUGUGAGCAUUUCUCAGAGUAAGUCCAUGUGAGUCACGGAUUUUCGAAUCGGUCGCAAAUCAGUGAGGGAAUUAACUGCAUUAUAAUAAGAUUUUAGAUUUCAUCCAAACCUAUGUGUGUAUAUUUUAAAAUAAUAUUUUGUAAUUCUUAGAUUGACUGUAGGCUAUCAUUUCUUCCAGAAAAUAUUUAGGAGCCAGCCAGUGAGAAUGUUUUAGUGGAUUACUGAGCCUUCUUUUCUAUGUGAUGAUACUCUGACUUUACAGUCAGUUCAGUGCAUGUACUCUUUAUUAUACAGCAAUUAAAAAACCACUUCCAUCAUGAAAACAAUAAAAUAGAUCAAAUUGAAAAAAA